AUGGCGGACGAAUCGCGCAGCUGCCAGCAACGCGGACGGCAGCUGCCGGGGUCCGGCAAGGGCCACUCGUUCAGCAGUCGGUCGAGUGGACGCGCCGUCGUGCAAAUCAGCGAUUUUUGCUCCCCGGCUUAUAAUUUAAUAUGUCAAACGGCAAUCAGCGAUGAAUUGUGCCAACGUUGGCGGUGGCGUUGCCAGAUCGAGAAUCGUUUUCGAGGAACGGCAGAAAUUCGUGAAAUCACGCGCCAUCAUUUACCAGGAGAAUGGUCGAACUCCGCUGGCUGGCAAGUGACGGCCGGAGGCAUAAUCACAUUGACCAGUGGCCUAGUGGCCGCUGUCCAGCUGAUUCAAUUUCGACUUGUUUGCUCAACUGCUACCCGGGACGCGCUGCCGCAGAAAAGGCCGAAAGUGCUUAUGUAUGCUGAGCACUAUUACACACCACCGCUAGGGGCCAUCACACUGACAACCGGGACGGCGAAGAGUGAAAAAACAACAAUCGAUAGAUAUAUUUAA